AUGACCGGCGGAGACUGGAUUCGGGAGGCUAUGAGCGAUGAUUCAUUGGUGGCAGAGGCACUGAUCUGCCUCCUCCACACUGAGCCGCCACCUCCUGAGAAGAGCGGCCUGUCGGAUCUCAAGCUGAAAUGGAGCGUGCGUCAACGGAGGAGCAAGUCGGCUCCGUCGAGGAAGAAGGGAGAUCACACGCGUGCUAGCCCCACGACGCCUCUUUCCUGGAGCGGCGCCACCUCUUUAAGCGGCGGUGGAGGCGGAGGCAGCGGUGCUGCCGCCGUGGAUGGAGUCGAGGAGUCAAGUGGCGCCGUGAAACUGUCCGAAGCCGUUAGAUCUAAGAUAUCUCAAACGAGUGUAACAACAACUACCCCUUUCAAGAGAUCACGAAAGAAAAAGACGCUUGCUGAGCUUAAAGAGGAGGAGAGUUUGCUCUUAAAGGAAAGGAAAGCCUUGAAAAAUGAACUCGCAAGUAUGAGGGAUAUGCUCAAGCAACAAAGAGCAAGAAACGAGUCGUUAAAGAAAAUGCAGGCUGAGUCACGGAAGAAUGCUGAUUCCUCUUUCUUGCUCCCUGACCUUAACAUACCUCUUGAAUCAUGA